GACGAAAUUGUCGGUCUCCAUUUUGUGAAAAGCAGUGAAAGAAGCACAUGAAUCCGAGCAAUUCCCCGUCAAUCAGCAAGAAGCUUCAAGAAACCGAGCAGUCGACGGACGAAUCCGCGGACAAAGUUGAUAUCGGAAAGGAAAGCAAAUCAAAUCGUAUGUCCCGUAUCGAGAACCUCAAAUCUUAUGACCCCUUUGCUGAUGCAAGUAAGGGUGAUGCCGGGGACUACGUCCACAUAAGAAUCCAACAGCGGAACGGCAGGAAGACCCUCACCACUGUCCAGGGCAUCUCUGAUAGCUAUGACAAGAAGAAGCUAGUCAAGGCUUUCAAGAAGAACUUUGCCUGCAACGGGACUGUGAUUGAGCACCCAGAGUAUGGUGAAGUGAUCCAGGUACAGGGAGACCAGCGCAAGAACAUCAGCCAGUUCAUCACUACCUGUGGUCUCAUCCCGGAGGAGCAUGUGAAAGUCCACGGCUUCUAGUAACUGCCCUGUCUCUCCUGAAAGGCCAUUUAAACCCCAUCCCCCCUCCUAUGUGCUGCUGUUGCGCUUCCUCCCCCUCUCUCCCCCUGCAGCUCCUGUUAACACGUGAAUUACCUCUGAUAAACAUGAGACUCUGUAACUCCACCCCCUUACACUACCACCAGGGGGCAGGCUUGCUCUCUCAAAGACACACCACUGCAGCUCCACACAACAUCAGGGAUGAGUGGUGAUGACCCUCCCACACACUUCAUCCCCUCCCCUCCUUGAUUUAUUUUUUUAAUUUGUUUUUUCUUUUUAGGCCUUGUGUCAUAAGGCACAGUUUCAUGUAACUUUUGUUUUGUACUUCAAGGUGUUUCAAUAAAGGAUGAGUCUCCAUA